GAAGCCACCCCUCUUUCCCCAAAGCUUGUAGAUCCAUCCUCCAUUCACCCCUGAUCUCUUUCACCUUUGAAAGGGAGCUAUGGCUGAUUGCCUGAGAAGAUUGAUCAGCAACGAGACCUGCAGGAUUUUACAGGAGAAGUUGGAGAACUGGUAUAAAGAUUAUCACAUAAACUCAUGUGAUCAGAAUCUGACCCGAUGCUGUGAAAUCAUGGAACUGAACUCCAUGAUUCAGGGGCAACUCUUCACAAUCCUGAAUAAAACGAGCCAAGAAGGUGGACAUUAUGCCGGGGUGGAUACAAUAAAGUCUCGUCUGUUGCCAUGGCUGGGCACUUGUUUUUCUAGCCACACUUGUGGAAGCUCUUCUCACUUGCAGGAAUCACGUGAAAAAGACAGAUGGAUGAAGGAAUUGGCUUGCACCCGGGACCAAGAAAUACAUCAUCUGGAGAAAGAGCUGAACAGCACUCGUUUACAGCUCAGUUUUGUACAACAAGAUUUAGCAGAAGCCCAGGUGGCUCUUGAAGACACAAAGACCAAAUCCGCCACCACUCUUUUGGCAGCAGAGGAUGAAAUUGUUCAGCUAAAAGCAGAGCUAAAGGCUUCUCGGGUAAAAGAAGAGUGUGCUUUGAAAAAUCUGGACCGGAUGAGUAAUUAUGAGCAUCAGCUUCAAACACUGAAGGAUGAGAUUGCCAUCCUUGGUGCUCAAAAAUCUCUUCUCCAAAACAGACUUGCACUAAGCCGAUCUCCUUCCCCGAGAUCUAUGCGAAGCAGAUCACCUAGUCCGCUUCCCAAGAGAAGUUCCUCACCUGGGCGAGCUAGACUUACAAAUGCCUCCCGACGCGCUCGCCUUGUGGAACGCUUCAGUGACAUUUAUGCUCAGGAGCGCUUGGAUGCUCAAAGCCUCCUGAGAAGUUAUGUUGACGAUCUGGAGAUGGUUCAGAGAAUAAUCUAUACUGCAGUUGUGGAGUCUUUCCGUGCUGCAAAGAUGGCCUUCAGACAGUUCAAAUUGCGUGUUCGAAAGACCCUGUCCCUAAGUUACUCAGGGCCUGAAUCGCUUGAAGACAUGGUCAUGGACUACAUUGUUCGUCAGGAGGAUCUGUAUGAUGUUCAAGCCAGCGUCUGCGAGGUCAUUCGUGCAAUGAAUAUCAACCCUAAGAUUUCCUUCCCACCGGAAACCGAUUUUAUCAUGAUCAGCGGCUUAAUACGCGAGUUGUGUCGCGUCGCCUUUUCAAUGCAGACUUUGGAUCCUCCACUUGACAUUUCUUUUGGUACGGACGGAGAGCUUUUCAGCGAGUACAAAUAUCGUCGCAGCUAUGACUCUGAAUUUACAGCUCCCUUGGUGGCCUAUCAUGUAUGGCCUGCUCUUAUGGAAGAAGAUUCUGUCCUUGUGAAAGGAGAGGCAGUCACAAGAAGAGGCGCUGUGUGGUCUCAAAGGGGUAGAAGCAGAAGCCGCAGCCGCAGCCGAGGCCGCAGCCGCAGCUGUAGCUUGAGGCCUCUCUCUCCUAGUGCAGGCCACUCCCGACGUUUGCGAUCCCGAAGCCGCAGCUCUUCCCCGUUAAGGAGUGGAAGCCCAAGUAAGUGGGCCUGUGCAGAACUUAGACGAUCAUGGCUUUGAAAUGCUUGAGCAAUCAAGUAAAGAGAUAAUGUAACAAUC